UGCACAUAUAUAUGUAUAUCACGCAUGCUGUCGGCUUUUUGACAGCAUGUACAGAGUGCUUACUUAGUAUAUAGUAACUCAAUUGAGUCGGUCAAAAGAUUGGUAUUUCGCCUGAAAAGCAUUUUACCACUUUCCCUAAAAUGCUCAAGUAUUUCAGACCGAUUGCGUGCACUAAAAUCUCAAAAUAUGUUAAAAAGGGAAGUCCCGCCAAGUCGGAGUCGGUUCGUCAUGUUCGUGGUAUCAAGCGCAAACUUGACACUAAUGACAUGAAUGACAGGAUCAGCACAUGCAGGCCUACCUGGUCGAGGGACGACAAAUGCAGCAGUGAGCAGAAUGAAUUUCUGCAACCCGCAAAGAAACUGAAAAAGGAGAAAUGCCCGCCGUUCUUUGGUAUUCCAUUCCGCAAACUGUCGGCCGAGAAGUUAGAUUGUGAUUACUUGCAGCUUUAUGCGAAGAGGAAGGCUAACGAGCUGUUCGAUGCAUGUGAGCGCGAACUGGAGUACUUCACAGGGGAUUUGACCCGGGUGCAGGUGUACGGAAAAUGGCACAGUAUACCAAGAAAACAGGUUGCACAUGGUGACAGUGGUCUGACCUACAAAUAUUCUGGAGUAACAGUGCCAGCAAAGCCCUGGACUCCACUUCUUCAAAGAAUCCGAGACAGAAUUGAAGAGGUCACAGGUCAGCGGUUCAAUUUUGUUCUCAUCAACAGGUACAAAGAUGGGACUGAUUACAUGGGAGAGCAUCGCGAUGAUGAGAAGGAAUUGGUGCAAACCAGUCCGAUUGCAUCCCUUUCUCUCGGCCAACAGAGGGAUUUCGUCUUCCGCCAUGGAGACUCCCGUGGCAAGAACGCAAAGAGAAACCUGCCUCCAAUCAGACUGGAGCUGGAGAACGGAAGCUUGUUGGUGAUGAACUACCCCACUAACGUUUACUGGUACCAUUCCCUUCCAGUCAGGAAGAAGGUUGUGGGCAUCCGGAUAAACAUGACAUUCCGAUGCCUGAAAACUUGAUGGGGAAUCAUGUUGGUUUGUCCUGCUUAUACCAGCAAUUCAUGUUGUCUCUCUUGCCCAUUUUUCGCACAGUUACCAAGGUGUUCUUGUAUCAGGGCUUUCAUCAAGGUACUAACUGGUAGCACAUCUUGAUCAGUUGUUUUACCUCUAGUGCUUCCUGUAUGAUCAGGUGGGCUAAACCUGCCAUCACAGCAGCAUUUGUUUUCAUUUCAGUGAAUCUUCACAAGUGUCAUAAUGUUGAAAGGAAACUUACAUCACACGUGUUUCAAAAUGAAGUGCUUUAUUCAUUGCGAGGAAGAGACAGUGCUUUAGUAACAAGAUAUCUGAUGUAUACCACAAUGAUCCGUGUACGUUUUGUUCAUGCGUUGUUCAAUUUGACAAAAAUAAAAAAGCAAAAACAAAUAUUUUUCCUUCUUUUUAUGAAAAUCAAAAACUAAAGUCAUUUUUCGUCUUUCAUAUUUAAAAAUGAUUUUUUUUUCGUUUUUCAGUUUGAGAACAAAUAACAUUGUAAUUAUUGAUCCACUCUUUGAAGAAUGAAAAACA